CAAAAAAAAAAAAAAAGACUCCCAAGGUUUAGGAUGGUUUGUGAUGGCUAGCUCCUCUGGUCAGGGACUUAACAUGAGCAGAAAUUAUAGAGAAUGGCUGGCUGAAACAUUUGAUGGCCAUGAAACGCUGGAUGAUGAGUUGUCAGAUAGUAAUCUGGAUGGAAAUAGUAAUUUGAUUAACCCGUCCGAUCAAAACUUUCCUAUGACUUUGGAACCUAGAGAACCAUACAAAGGCAUGGAGUUUGAGUUAGCAGAGGAUGCUAGGGAGUUUUAUGAGAUGUAUGGCCGGCGUAUGGGUUUCACGAUUCGGAAUAAUCGGACACGUCGAUCUCUUAAGGAUAAGUCAAUAAUUGGCCGAGAGUUUGUUUGCUCAAAAGAAGGUUUUCGUGCAGAAAAACAUACAAAGAGAGAAAACAGAGUUUUCCCAUCACGGCCUGCCACAAGAGAGGGAUGUAACGCAAUGCUAAGAAUAGCAGCAAAGGAUGGGGGAAAGUGGGUUGUCUAUGGUUUUAUUAAAGAACAUAAUCAUGAAUUGAAUCCAAGCAAAAUACCAUCUCGACGGUCGCAUAGAAUUGCAUUUUGUGAGGAUGAAAAAGAUCUUAAAAUCCGGGAACUGUCCACAGAGCUGCAUCGUGAGAAAAAGAAAUCGGCGGCUUAUCAAGAACAGCUUCAGAUGGUUCUAAAAUGCAUUGAAGAACACACUCAGCGGCUAUCAUUAAAAGUUGAUGCGGUGUCCAACAAUCUCAGGGAACUUGAAUCUGAAGCUCGAGACAGCUUAUUUUCUGAUCAAGAUGACAUCUCUUCUUAGUGUAAGCUCAUCGGGUAGAGCUAUAUGCGCUCAAAUUGCUGGUUACUUGGACUUGACUUAUUUUGGUCUCUCCCUAUGUCUGUUUGAAUGCAACUUUAUAAAAAGGAAUAACAGAAUGAUCAAGUUGUUUAUGGCAUAUUUUGGAUACUUUAUAAAAAAAAAAAGGAAAGGUGCUCUUUGUUGUCAUUGUAGUUACUUCCAGCCAUUAUUCUUCUCUGUAUUCUCUUAAUUGGAGAGAAUUUGUUAUUUAAACAUUUAUGCAUGGCAGGCUGAUUUAUGAUGAUGACACUUUUCUUUCACAUUCUGUUGAAUGCUCUUUAGGGAGAUGAUGGAUGACAUUCGAUCUUGAUAAAAAUAAUGGCGUCCACCUUGCUGGUAAUUGAUUCUGAUGUCAAUCUUUCCCCAAAAGAAAAUCUGCUGUGGAGGGCUGUUAAUCUUUUCCCUCCAAGUUUCUUGAUGGCUAAUUGCAGCCUGAAUCUGCUCACCAUCUGUACCUGUAUUUGUAAGAAUAUUCAUGUUAUUACAAAAUUUACCUUCAUCUUUUUACCGUUGCAUUUUUUUUUUGUUACAUAAGACGUCGUAGUCUGGGAAUAAGGAAAAUGAUUGCAGCUGUUGAGAUUCGAAUUUUAAAUUUACUUAUGGAUGUUAUCUCUUAAACGUGAUUGCAUAAACCGAGAUAAACUCAGUUUUUAUUUCAUCCUUGCUUCAGAAGAAGCAAUCUACUUGCAAUA